AACCGUGUGAUCGUCAUCUAAUGUGGGUUAAGAAUGGAGUUAUCGUCUUCUCCAGCUUCAAUGAUGAUCACGUCGAUCGUUCACCAUUGAGAGCUGGACUCUGACUCUGUCGUUACCUUCAUAUGUAGUGGCGCAGGCUUUCGUUCACUUGUCCUUCCUGUAACUCUUCGUCUCGGGUUGCUCUCACUCUCGUCACUCAUUUCGCAACUCACAGCAUAUCAUUACCAUCAACAAGGAAAUUUUCUACACCAUGGCGCAGGUCACGCCCCGCUCGAUACUUGCACUUCAGCUUCCAGACCCUCGAUUCAGUGUUGACUUUGCGAAUUACGCACUCGACCCCAAGGCAUAUGCCACGACCAAAAAGUACAUGCAAGACUUGUUCCCCGGUCAAAACAAGCCUCUACCACUACCAAAGGCUGGAUCAUCGCGCUAUUGCAAUGUGAACGCAAAGCCUCGACGCGACAUGGCAAAAGAGCCAACACCUACCUCAGCGGCGUCGCAGACUCUUGACGACAAGUGGGAUGCGCAUACCAUAGAGUGUAUGAUAAUGCUUGAAGAAUCACUCGUCGGCGAGUCGGAUCGAUCUUCAUCUUCGUCCAACUUGACAGCAGGAUCCUCUAAAGCGUCUUUUGCCGCCAACGUCACUUCUGCCAGCACGUUGAAUAGCACAACGCCUACGACAAAAGCUGCCAACGGUUCGCUAGAAUCAACGCGUUCCUUUCUUCAACUGCCCCUGGCAAUCGUCAAUCACGUAUUGUCAUACGUUUUCGCUGAAGAACGCGCGGUCUCCAUCACACCAUACCAGUCGCGUAUCACACCCCAGCCACGACGCCGGCACCGCCAUGGCCCGAACACCAUCGACAUUCGAUCUUUUAUGAUGCAUCCGGCAUUGAUGGUAUGUAAGCAGGCGCGCGAGCUGGGACUAGACAUCCUCUACCGCGACAGUCUAUUUCUCGUCGACCUAUCUGACAUUGGUGGAGCCAAUGCCAGCGGCGAGAAGGAUAUCGGCAAGUAUUGGGGGUGCUGGACGAGCAGUACGCCACCUCACAUGGUCAGAUCAGCACUUGCCCGUGCUUCGAACAUCCGUGUCCAGCUCCCAGUCCCUAAUGCCGAAGCCACAGUUGUGCGAAGCGCAACUAAGAGAAAGAAGGAUGCACAAGAAGAGACUUCCAUUGUGAUCGAUUCGCUACGCACCGUCACCACCUUCAUUACCGGUCAGGACAAGACCCACACUCAGCCAACAGAACGAAGUCGCUCCGCAAGUCCAGCGGGUCCAAAGAUCCUCCGUCGCAAGCUCAGCUUCCGAUCUGCAAAGCGUCCCGACUCAUUGGAAUUCGUAUGCCGCGGAGACUCCCCUCCACCCCAGCCGAGAGAACCUCUAAGCAUACUAGAGGUCGUACUCGUGAAAUCUUGUGCGGACGCCGAAGUGCACAGCCAAACUCUAGACAUGGUAGCAAUAUGCAGUAGCAUUCCGGUGUCCGGAGCUCUGGAGUAUCAUCUCGAGCUUGACGCAAUGAGGAGGCUGUGGGCCAAGCGUGACAACGGAAAAUGGCGAGGAAGUGAGCCAGACGGUCAUAAGCUCCUGCAUGAUCUAAGGGCUCUGGGACGUUCAACGGCAAAAGUUGUACAACCUCGUGACAAGACCAAACUGACCUACGAGCAGCCUGCUGUGCGUGCAGAUGUACUUCGAAGAGCAGAGGUACGAACCGCCCGACACACGACCAGCGACAGACCUAGCUUAGAGGGACAUCCUCAUCAACGAGGUGUCCCGGGAACGCGACCUCCCAAAAACGGCAAGGUCGCAAGGAAGAUCAAGGAAAUGGAGAGUCUGUCUAAGAUCAAACUGUUGAAAGGCAACAAGCAGCCACCAACUGUUGAGGAGCUCCAACAGAUCGCCGCAGAUAUCAGGAGAGGUGUUUACUGAGAGCUUCUAUGUGGCGUGGGGUAAAGAGAGCCCGGUGCUCAAUCACGUUAUGUAGCUAGUUCUCUUCUGUCGGGUCCAAGUUUAAUGUUUAUAGUCUAUCCAUACUCAAACAGGUGCAUAACGUCAGAUGUUCUUGGUCGACUAGGCCUUUCCGUCCGAAAAUUGGACAACAGCCCACUUACCACUCCAAGCC